AUGCUUGCCAGACGAUGCUGGUCCUCGCCAUGGCGCGGUAACACCUGUGGUAUCAAGGGCUGGGCCCGUCACAUAUCGUCCUCGCCUUUCGCCGAGCUCGCCCGUCGCGAUGCUUCCCGACACCAGAUCUAUCAGUCGCUUUCGACCGACCCUUACGUGAACCUUUCGAUUGAACACUUUUUGCUGGAGAACGUCCCCAUCGACUCGUGCGUCCUAUUCUUAUACAUCAACCAGCCAUGUGUGGUCAUCGGUCGAAACCAAAAUCCGUGGCUGGAGACCGAUCUCCGCGCGCUCUACAAUGAUCGUCGGCCGAGCAAACAAGACGACGAAGCUUUGUACGUUCGACGACGAUCUGGAGGUGGAGCUGUUUUCCACGACGAAGGAAAUCUCAACUACAGUGUAAUUUCACCGCGCGCACCUUUCACCCGAAACAAGCACGCGGAGAUGGUGGUUCGCGCACUGCACCGCGUCGGUGCUGUCAACACGAGCGUCAAUGAGCGCCACGACAUCGUCAUGACGCCGGAGGCGACAAAUACCGAUAUCAAUGAACCCCCCGGCUCGGAAGCCCGUAACUAUAUCCAAGCCAAGGGCGUGGAAAGUGUGCGAUCACCCGUGGGCAAUGUGUCGAGCGCGUUGGCCGAGUCGUUCUUCUCGAUGCAGGGCGUGAUAGAUAGCGUGGUUGAAGAGUUUGCGCAGCUAUAUGGUGUUGAUCCUGACGCGGUGCUUCGAGCACGCCGGGCUCUUGCAAACGAGCCUGAGAUUUUUUCGGGAGAUACCUGGGUUGCGGGUACUGUGGGAGAAACACAGGAACAGGAGCCGGAUAUUGCUAAAGGAAUCGCUGAGUUGCGUUCAUUGGAGUGGAAGUACACUCAAACACCGCAAUUUACUUUCUCGACACAUCCUACCAAGGAUGAUCCUCGUGAACGACCGCCAUUGCCAUCUUCUCUUCCUUCCUCGACCCGUGCAUUCCUCCGCCUGAAACAUGGUGCUAUUAUCGAAAGCACAAUCUCGGUCUCACCGGAUGUCACUACGGCUUCAAACCAAGCUAUUAGAGUGCACGAAGUCCUGAACGGACAAAAAUUGCAUGAAAUCUCUACCCAACGCUGGUCUGAGAUUUUGCAACAAGGUCUCAGCGGAACAGAUGGUGCACAUGACACUGCUGUCACCGAGCUUUCUCAGUAUCUUGGCGGCUUACUAGCCGGCCAUUGA